GGGACACGUGUAUGGGUGAAGAAGUUACCGGGCAGAAGACGAGAAGAGCAUAAGCUUGGAGAAGAGCAAGCAGACCCGGAGAGGUUUAGGGUUUUAACUUUUGGACCGUUAUUUCACCGACUGGUUACAGUCUCUCACAAUUCAAGGAGACUAUUGAUGGAGGAUGAGCUUCAAACGGAAGUUCAAACGUCUGGGAAGAGAAAAACCCCUGAAGAAUCAUCGGCGGGUAGUGACCAAGAGUCCGCCUCCAAACGACGCAGUUUGACCCGCACCUGUGUGCACGAGGUUGCGGUCCCCUGCUGCUACGUUUCAACAAAGGAAGAAGCCGUCCAUGGGACCCUCUGGGACCCUGCAUUCAUUGGCGAGAUGGCGAAAAGCUACCCGUUUGAGCUCGACCCGUUUCAGCGGGUAUCAGUGGCAUGUCUGGAGAGGAAUGAGUCUGUUUUGGUCUCAGCUCAUACCUCUGCGUGGAAUGCUGUUUAGGGGAUCCGAGGUUUUGAAGGAAGCGGCAUGGGUUAUUUUUGAUGAGAUUCAUUACAUGAGGGAUCGAGAAAGAGGGGUUGUAUGGGAGGAGAGCAUUAUAUUCUUGCCACCAGAGAUUAAGAUGGUCUUUUUGUCGGCAACCAUGUCGAAUGCCACUGAGUUUGCAGAGUGGAUUUGUCAUUUGCACAAGCAGCCAUGCCAUGUGGUGUACACUGAUUUCAGGCCGACUCCCUUGCAGCAUUAUGUAUUUCCUGUUGGGGGCAGCGGCUUGUAUCUUGUGGUGGAUGAGGAUGAGCAAUUUAGGGAGGAAAAUUUUGUUAUCAUGCGGGAGACUUUCUUGAAGAAAGUUGGUGAGGGCAAAAAGAGCGCAAAUGGGACCACCAGCGGCAGAAUCAUGAGAAAUGGGACUGCUCCUGGGGGCUCUGACAUAUACAGAAUUGUGAAGAUGAUUAUGGAACGGAAAUUUCAGCCAGUUAUUGUGUUCAGCUUUAGCAGAAGAGAGUGUGAGCAACAUGCAAUGUUGAUGUCCAAACUUGAUUUUAAUACUCCAGAGGAAAAAGAUGACGUGGAACAGGUUUUUCGCAAUGCUAUGCUUUGCUUGAAUGAAGAAGACAGAAAUUUACCUGCCAUUGAGUUGAUGUUGCCACUACUUCAGCGAGGAAUUGCUGUUCAUCAUUCUGGACUUCUACCUGUUAUAAAGGAAUUAGUAGAACUUCUCUUUCAGGAAGGCCUUGUCAAGGCCCUAUUUGCAACAGAGACAUUUGCCAUGGGCUUAAACAUGCCUGCAAAAACUGUUGUCUUCACUAAAUUUCAGAAGUGGGAUGGUGACAGUCACCGAUACAUUGGAUCUGGUGAGUAUAUACAGAUGAGUGGAAGAGCUGGGCGGCGUGGCAAGGAUCUGCGUGGUAUUUGUAUUAUGAUGGUUGAUGAACAGAUGGAGAUGAAUACUCUCAAGGACAUGGUUUUGGGUAAACCAGCUCCUCUUCUCAGUACUUUCAGACUCAGCUACUAUUCAAUAUUAAAUUUAAUGAGCCGUGCCAAUGGCCAAUUCACAGCUGAACAUGUGAUAAAAAAUUCGUUCCAUCAAUUUCAGUAUGAGAAGGCUUUACCAGAAAUAGAUAAAAAGGUGUCAAAGCUAGAAGAGGAAUCUGUCAUGCUUGAUGCUUCAGGAGAAGCUGAAGUAGCUGAAUAUCAUAAGCUAAAACUUGAUUUGGGCCAUCUUGAAAAGAAGAUGAUGUCAGAAAUGACAAGGCCAGAGAGAGUUCUUUACUAUCUUCGUCCCGGACGGUUGGUCAAGGUAAGAGAAGGAGGAACAGACUGGGGUUGGGGAGUUGUUAUUAAUGUCAUGAAAAAGCCCUCAGGGUCAGGCUCGAUGCCUUCACGUGGCAGUAACUAUAUAGUGGAUACUUUACUGCACUGUUCGUCGGGGUCAAGGGAUAACAGCUCACGGCCAAAGCCAUGCCCACCCCAUCCUGGGGAUAAGGGCGAGAUGCAUGUUGUCCCUGUUCAGCUGCCCCUGAUUUCUGCAUUAGGCAAAAUCAUGAUAUCUAUCCCUUCCGAUCUCCGGCCGCUUGAAGCAAGGCAAAGCAUACUGCUAGCAGUAAAGGAGCUGGAAACUCGGUUUCCUAAUGGUCUUCCAAAGCUCAACCCCGUAAAGGACAUGAAUAUAGAUGAUCCAGAAAUUGUUGAGUUGGUUAGUGAAAUUGAGGAAUUAGAAAGGAAGUUGCAAGCUCAUCCCCUGCUCAAGUCUCAAGAUCUGAGUCAAAUUAAAUGUUUCCAAAGGAAAGCAGAGGUGAAUAAUGAAAUUCAACAACUUAAGUCAAAGAUGCGUGAUUCACAGCUUCAAAAAUUUCGUGAUGAACUCAGGAAUAGGUCACGAGUCUUGAAAAAGCUUGGCCAUAUUGAUGCUGAUAAUAUUGUCCAGUUGAAGGGAAGAGCAGCCUGCCUGAUAGACACGGGAGAUGAACUCCUUGUUACUGAACUGAUGUUCAAUGGUACAUUCAAUGACCUUGAUCCUCACCAAGUUGCAGCACUUGCAAGUUGUUUCAUUCCAGUUGACAAAUCAAGUGAACAAGUUCAUUUGAGAACGGAACUUGCUAAACCACUACAACAACUCCAAGAGAGUGCUAGAAAAAUUGCAGUGAUACAACAUGAAUGCAAAUUAGAUGUAAAUGUUGAUGAAUAUGUUGAGUCAACAGUGAGGCCGUACUUGAUGGAUGUAAUCUAUUGUUGGUCAAAGGGGGCAAGUUUUGCAGAGGUCAUUCAAAUGACUGACAUCUUUGAAGGCAGUAUCAUUAGGAGUGCUAGAAGACUUAAUGAAUUUCUGAACCAGUUGCAUGCUGCUGCUAAUGCUGUGGGAGAAGUGAAUUUGGAGAGCAAGUUUGCCGCAGCUAGCGAAAGCCUUCGCAGAGGUAUUAUGUUUGCUAAUUCCCUUUAUCUCUGAACAGUUCAGACUUCUGUCAAAUCUUGUAGGCUUGUACACAGGUGAGACAUAUUGCUGCAGAUUGAUGAUAUUUUAGUCAGAGGUAUGCCAUUGUCUGACUUUUAAGUUGCGUGUGGGGCACUUGUUUUCAUUUUGUUAAGAGAGCCUUUGGUAGAUGUUCCAAAUUGCUAUUGUAGCUCAACUAAAUCAUGUGCAUAUGGCCCUGUUUCUUUAAUUUGCAGCUUGUACUGUUGCUGCUGUUGAUAAUUUUAUUUUACUUUUGAUUAUGGUUAUAGAUAAGAAAAAAAUUGAGGAAUUAUUGGGUAUCAAGUAUUUAUAAUGGAGAUAUGGAAUCUAUUUACUUUUCAA